AUGGCUGGCGACGGAUCGAACGCCGCUUUUGCGUAUCAUGAGCCACCAAUAGCAACCGUGCUGAACCAUGCCGGAUUCCUUGUAGCCUUGAACCUUGUGAACGUCUGUCUUGACAAGUUCUUGUAUUGUGGGCUGAUUGGACAGUUAUUUAUUGGCAUUCUAUGGGGCACACCGGGGGCAAAAUGGCUGGGUAGCGAGACAGAAGCUGUUAUCCAGCAAUUGGGAUAUCUAGGCCUGAUUAUGCUUGUGUACGAAGGAGGUCUCGCAACAUCUAUCAAAGCCGUCAAGGCAAACUUAAUCGUUUCGCUCUGUGUUGCGAUCACAGGAAUUUGUGUCCCGAUGGGUUUAUCCUUCAUCCUCAAGGAAUUGGUUGGAGCGACUUCUUUGCAGGCAUUUGCUGCCGGUGCAGCUCUCAGUGCCACUAGCCUCGGGACGACCUUGACGAUCCUAUCGACAACAGACUUGAUCGCUACCCGGCUAGGCACGGUGACCACCAGUGCGGCAAUGCUCGAUGACGUUGUCGGGCUCGUGAUGGUUCAAAUCAUCUCGAAUCUUGGCGGUAGUGGUUCGUCAUUUGGUGUUUCCACGGUUAUACGACCUAUUUUUGUUUCUAUCGGGUUUGCAGUGGGCGUUUUCUUGCUUUGUGCCUGCAUCCUCCAACCAAUAGCCAAAAGAAUUACCCCCUUCAGGUCCAAACUACCGGAUGCCACUGGGACUCCCCAAUUUGCGUUUAUUGCUCAUACAGUCUUUCUUGUGGGGUUUGUGGCUGGAGCCACAUAUGCAGGCACAUCGAGUCUCUUCGCUGCUUACCUCACAGGUGUAAUAGUCUCUUGGUUCGAUGGCUUGCUCAUAGAGCAUAAGAAUCCAGAUAGUGCUAUUGCACCCAACAGUUUGUCGACAGGUUCCUGUUCUUCGAAUAACGUACCAAUAGAGCUACCAGCUUGUGAGACCACGAAAUUGCCAACGGGUCAAGAUGUCUACGAGAAAUACUAUCGACAGCCAGCAAAUCGAAUCCUCAUCCCAUUAUUCUUCGCAUCCAUCGGAUUUGCGAUCCCAAUAACAGAGAUGUUCAGGGGAAGUGUAAUAUGGCGCGGAAUCAUCUAUGCUGUCCUUAUGGUUUUUGGGAAGAUGAUUACAGGUUUAUGGCUUGUCCGCUUUUCGCUACGCCCCGUGUCUAGUUUUAUCCUGGGCCUCGGAAGAACAUUUUCUGGUAUUCGGCUAUUUUGCCUUCCUUCGAAGCGACAGGAAAAACAAGAAGCAAAUUCUGCACCCUCUAUCCAUUCUCCUGGAAGAUACUCAGCCCGAAUAAACCUUCCGAGUGACCAAGGAGCAGCCCAAGGGGAAAAGGGUCCCGCCGGCGGGCCUUCACCUGGGGAAAGUCUUGCUGCUAGUAAUCCUCAGGAAGAACAACAACCAACAGCGAAGUCGUCAGUGCGCUCCGCCAUGGCUUUUCCUCCCAAACCAAAAUCGCUCUACUCGUCAUCCAUCCUCGGCCUGGCAAUGGUUGCGCGAGGGGAGGUUGGGUAUCUUGUUGCAUCACUUGCACAAAGCCAAGGCAUAUUCGCAACUGGAUCCUCGGCCGGCAUCUCAGAAAUUUAUCUUGUCGUAGUUUGGGGAAUUUCUAUUUGUACAUUGGUCGGGCCGAUCUGCGUUGGGAGCCUUGUGAAGCGAGUGAAGAAGUUACAGAUGACGCGCGGAAACGAUGGCCCAGAUCCACUGGGUGUUUGGGGGAUCUAG